AAUAUCUCUCAAGACGUGCAUAUCUUUCUUUGGUCAUAAAAAUGAUAAGAAAUGUGUGCUCAAUAGUCAUUCCAUCCUCUACUUAUAUAUACAACCUUAUCAUACGUAAAACAUCAUAACAAGUAACCAAAAAAAGAAGAUCUUCAAAAUGGCAACAGUUGCUGGUGUUAGUCUCACAACUCCAAAAUUCUCGGCCAAAAACUCCAACUCUGCCAAUUUUAAGCCUUCUAAGAUCCCAUGCCUUAACAAUCCUUGGAAAAAAUUGUCACCUAAAUUUGGGCUGGUGUGUGCAGCACCGGACAACAAGCUUUCUGACCUUGUGGCUGAAAGUGUUAAGGGUGCAGAGGAAGCGUGCAAUGAGAAUCCGACUAGCGGAGAAUGCGCGGCGGCUUGGGAUGUAGUGGAAGAGGCAAGUGCGGCAGCUAGUCAUGCAAGGGACAAGAAGAAGCAGGAUGAUCCUUUGGAAAAUUAUUGCAAGGAAAAUCCAGAGACUGAUGAGUGCCGCACAUAUGAUAGUUGAUCAUCACUACUACUUUUAUUUUCCUAAGCCUUGUGCUUUAUUCCCAAUUUGAAUCUUGAAUGCUCUGAAUUAGGCUAUUAAUAUGUAUAAUGAAAGAAUUAUUCCUGUUUAAAUUAGUCUCAAAUACUAUACAAACAUUUGGAUGUUGUCCUUGAUAUGAUGAGCUACUAUAUGAAGAAUUUAUGGAACAACAGUGAAUUAGUUUUA